UGGAAAUCUUCACUGGAAAGGACUGAAGGGUGAAAAUCCUUUGAAGGUGUCCUCGGAGCAGUAAUUUCCUUUCCAAAAUUAAUAGCAACAUUUCCGAAACCAUUGGCUAUGAUAAAUGAGAUAUUGAUAAAAAGUAUAGUAAUUCUAUUAGCUCAUCGACGAAUGACUUUCCGACUGGUAUCCGAAGCUGCAAAUAAUUCAAGCACCUGUCACACGCCUAAUCGACCCACGUCCCGCGACUCUGACCGUCGUUAAAGGAAAUCCACCUGCGGAUUCUCGGUAAUCGGUAACGGGAUGUCGUCACGAUUAAGACGUAAUAACGGUGGCGGUAGCCUUUUCACGGCAAUGAUACCGAAUUGUUAUCAAACACGCUCGAAAAUGCGGCAGUCAGGUAAACAAACGCGAUUGCGAGAUGAUCGGUGCGACACGUUCGAGCGGAUAAGUCGGUUGUUAAAAGUCCGAAGGACUGUCGGAGACGACUCGAGUGGAGCAAGGACCAUCGGGAAUCGACGAUCUCGUGCGAUUCGUGUUGUAAACAGGAGAGUGUGUCACAGGCUUUCUUAGUUAAGAAACUGGUGCAAGCGAUGCAUCGUGUGCAACGAGCGAUACGGGCCGCGUUUCUCGCCGCGACUUUGAUCGCGUUCGUACGGUUGUCCGUAGCGGAUUCCAGGCUGUCCUUGCAGUGCAAGAACAUCGCUAGGGACGUGAUUAUGAAUAGUUGCAAGGGACCGAGGAUCAAACGAGCCAACCCUAGGUUCGAUCUGGAAAUGAUGGAUGAUGAGAUGGGCAAGCUUGAGCCUACAGAAGCAUCGCAAGAUACGGCGCCAGGCGUCCAACAACAGAAACGACAAUUUUUCCCGGAGUCAGCUCCCUCUAUUUCUGGAUUAUUCGGUGGUAUGGGACUUCCGGUGACGAACAUUGCCACCAACACGUUUCACAAAACGGAAAUCAGCGUUCCAGGAAUUGGAUACGCGGAGAAUCAGGAUACCACGAUGGUGGAAGAGAGCUUCGUUCCUGAAUUUCCUAUUCCGUAUCGACCUUCGGGAUCCUAUCCCGUGAUAAGGUCCAGUAAUCCAGACAAACUUCUUGGUUUCGAUUUAAGUUCGGAGGAACUUGAAGAACUUUUCUACGAGGUCGGCGACAGGAUGCCGAGGAAUUCAAAGGAUCUGAAGAAAAAGAUUUUUCAAACAGUCGCUACAAAAUGCUGCCCGAACCCGAAAUUAUGUUACGAUAAUCCGAGUUUAAUCCCGUGCAUGGGAUAUUAAAACUAAUUGUAAGACUCUUGAUCCACUGCCAAAAAAUGUCGAAUGGAAAUCUUAAGGACACGAUUCUGGGAAACGAAUCGAAAAUCUAUAUUAUCGAUUGUACUUAAAUUCUCAAGUAAACACUCUAUUUGAGAAUCUUUAUACAAUAAAAAAUUCAGAAUUU